CGUGGCUUCCGGGGGCUCCGCCUCCUCCGCGACUCCGGGUUUGCACUUCAGGACCGGAGCUGUUCAGGCCGUCCCGAGGGUGACGGGGGCCAGAAUGGCAUCGAACACGGGGGACGGCGGGACCGCCUGCACGCUGGAGUUUGCGGUGCAGAUGACCUGUCAGAGCUGUGUGGACUCCGUGGGCAAGUCCCUGCAAGGGGUGGCAGGCAUCCAGAGUGUGGAGGUGCAGCUGGAGAACCAGAUGGUCCUGGUGCAGACCACUCUGCCCAGCCAGGAGGUGCAGGCCCUCCUCGAGAGCACCGGGCGGCAGGCGGUCCUCAAGGGCAUGGGCAGCAGCCUACUGAAGAAUCUGGGGGCGGCAGUGGCCAUGCUGGGGCGUCCUGGCUCCGUGCAGGGCGUGGUGCGCUUCCUACAGCUCAGUCCCGAGCGCUGCCUCAUCGAGGGGACCAUUGACGGCCUAGAGCCGGGGCUGCACGGGCUCCACGUCCAUCAGUUCGGGGACCUCACCAAUGACUGCAGCAGCUGUGGGGAGCACUUCAACCCGGAUGGAGCCUCUCAUGGGGGGCCCCAGGAUGCUGAGCGGCACCGAGGAGACCUGGGGAACGUCUGCGCCAACGCCGACGGCCGCGCCACCUUCAGGAUGGAGGAUGAGCGGCUGAAGGUGUGGGACGUGAUCGGCCGGAGCCUGGUCAUCGAUGAGGGGGAAGAUGACCUGGGCCAAGGCAGCCACCCCUUGUCCAAGAUCACAGGGAACUCUGGGAAGAGGCUGGCCUGUGGCAUCAUUGCGCGCUCCGCCGGCCUGUUCCAGAACCCCAAGCAGAUCUGCUCGUGCGACGGCCUGACCAUCUGGGAGGAGCGCGGCCGGCCCAUCGCGGGGGAGGGCCGCAAGGAGCCUGUGCAGACCCCAGCUCACCUCUGAGUAGGGUCGCAGCCUCAGGGCCAGAGGGGGUCCUGGUGCCCACCUAUGAGCCAGCCUCAGGUCGGGUGGGUGCCCCUGCCUGAAUC